UUGAUACAACUACCACGUGUUUAAAAUGAAAUAAAGGUGCUGAAUUUAUGCAACAUCAUUUUAAACAACAAACAGUCUACAUGUUGUAUUCUCAUCGUGGCUAGAGUACUGACAAUGCUGUUUUGGCAAUACAUUAUUGGUUUAAUGCGGGAGAGCCAUCCAUUGACAUUUAGAACUGCACUGCGUAUUCAACUGUUUUCUGACGUUGAAGUAGACUUACAAUAUUAUUUAUUAUAAGGACUCGAGCGCUGGGACACAUGUGAGCGUUAUUUUUGAGUGAGCCGCGUGCAAGGUCUAAUCCACUGGUGGAUGCGGAGCAAGCUCCGGUAGCCUACGAGCUGUCCCCUCUAUUUCUUAAUGGCAAGACCCGACAAUGUCUGCCUAGCAUGGCUGUGGCUUCUGAACCGGAGACCCAAGGACCGUUAUGGCUUUUAGCCGAGUCUAUUCGGACCCCCUGUCCCGAGGCAUUUUCAAGAAAUUCGUGGUCAUGCUGUGUUCUCUCCUCACCUCCCUGUACUUCCUCCACUGCCUCACGGACCGCUGCAGCAGCAUGCCCACGCCGGUGAAAGCAUCCAGCCAAGUCGUGGGCUUCUUCGCCUCGGAACUACACGACUUGAGGUCGCUGAGGAGGAAAAGACUGUUACAGAAAUGGACCACAGGAUCCAAGCCGGGCUUGAGCUACGAGAGCGCCGACGACGCUAGACGCGCCUCCGAGUAUUCCCGGUUCAACGAUGCUGAUACCGGACAGGUUUUGUACGAACCGGGACAUCAGGUGGACAGUGAUAACGAAAAUAACCGAGAACUGUCGCAUUAUACGCAGCCUUCUUUGGGUGAUAUAGUUUAUUCGAAGAGAUUAGCACCUCGGUUUAUGGUGAAGACGGGGAGUACAGGUAAACUCAGUCCGCUUGGAGACGGGACCAAGAAGCUUCCCCAGGCGAUGAUCAUCGGUGUAAAGAAAGGAGGGACGCGCGCGCUGCUCGAGUUCCUCCGCGUGCAUCCAGACAUCCGAGCUGUGGGAGCCGAACCGCACUUCUUCGACCGCAACUACGAGAAUGGACUGGAGUGGUACAGGGAGCUGAUGCCCAAGACCCUGGAAGGCCAGAUCACCAUGGAGAAGACCCCCAGCUACUUUGUGACCAGAGAGGCCCCGGCCCGGAUCUCCGCCAUGUCCCGGGACACCAAGCUUAUUGUGGUGGUGCGGGACCCCGUCACCAGGGCCAUCUCUGACUACACGCAGACGCUGUCCAAGAAGCCCGACAUUCCCACCUUUGAGAGCCUGACCUUCAAAAACAGGACUACGGGGCUCAUCGACACAUCCUGGAGCGCCAUCCAGAUCGGCAUCUAUGCCAAGCACCUGGACAACUGGCUGCAGUACUUCCCCAUGGGUCAGAUCCUGUUUGUGAGUGGAGAGCGUCUGAUAAGUGACCCGGCCGGAGAGCUGGGCCGGGUGCAGGACUUCCUGGGACUCAAGAGGAUCAUCACAGACAAACACUUCUACUUCAACCAGACCAAGGGCUUCCCCUGCCUCAAGAAGGCUGAGGGCAGCAGCAAGCCCCACUGCCUGGGCAAAACCAAAGGGCGGACCCACCCCAACAUCCACCCAGAGGUGGUGCAGAGGCUACGGGACUUCUACAGACCUUUCAACAUGAAGUUCUACCAGAUGACUGGACAGAUAUUUGGUUGGGACGAUUGACUGGGCCUCAAGUACUGGAUGCUCAGUGGAGAACACUGAGGACUAUUGACAAUACCAAAUUACUGUGCGACAUCCACAAUACUAAGCCUAGAAGCAAUAUUUGUCAAUGAGAGAGAAGAAAGUAGCCUAAUCUGCUCUUACUGGGAAGCCAGAUAUGCAAUAUGUUUCACUGUGUUACGUAUUCCUGUCAUGCAGGUGAAAGAGGACCCAAAAGCGACUUGGCGAAAACAGAGUCUUUAAUCCAGUAAAGUGAAUACAAUCAAAAAAACACAACUUUCACUCGAAAUGACGAGGACAAACUGG